AUGGAAGCGAGAACACCCUUCCAAGUUGGCAAGUUCCAACCGCUCCACCCUUAUGAUGUGCGGGGCGGGAUUGGAGUGUUUGGAGCAACUACCAAAACAGUGCUAGAACUUGGAGCAAUGGGCAGCACAAAGGCGCAAAGGCAAUCCUCACAAAGUGUGCAAAGACACUUCGCCUCUCUUGGUGCAUCUGAUGGGUCGACGCCCUCCUCUCCCAGGUCCACUUUUAAUGAUAUGGAGGCCCUUUUGUCUCCUAUUUUACUCAACAGUGCUGUUAACUCCCCACCUCCAGUCUCUGGUGAUCAUGUUCCCUCGGUCACUGACCUAUCUUUGGAGGUUUUACUCCAUAUUGCAAACACAAGUGACUCCGACCUUCAGAAAAUUCAGGAUGGAGUCAUCAAGCUCUGUGCUCCAUUGGUUUACAAGCAAACUCAACUCUUAGAGUUGCUUCUUGCUCUCUCAGCAACCUGCCACUACAACUUCCAUUACAUCAAAGGCUACAUCCAAAACCGCACCCGAAACCUCAUCUCCGAGUUUCAACUAUCUGUGGACAGGCUGUUUCAUGUCAUGAACUUCUAUGGAGCCGUUAUUGGUGGUUCAUGUGCACUGUCAAUGAUUGGUGCAGAGGCAAGCACCUUUUGUCCACUUGAGAUGACUCUGUAUCUGCCCUAUGAGUAUCAUAACACCUUAACAGCAUCACUCUUCCAACAUCUUCAACUAUUGGGUCGCAUUACAGGGAAAAACCAUAACCCCUUGGUUACACUCAUUGAGUGGUAUGCAUUUGGUAGACCAAAUGAUCUUCCUCUCCACAUCACUGCAGUUUUUACAACAACAAAUUAUCCUAUCGAGGCACUUUUCCACUCUCAGUAUAGCAUCACUCUAAUGCUAUCACAUCCAAAGGAAUUUUUUCUGCCUACCGCUCCCUCACCUCACUUGGAUGGCCAGGUUCUUCCUCCCAUUCCCUCACUCCCUCAAAUUACAACAUUCGAACCAACUCUCGCUCCUCAUGAAGUCAUAGUUUGGUUUUUUGGAGGUGGAUAUGGGUGCACUCCUAUGGGCUCCACCUUUCCUUGUCUUUUUGGCACCAUUCCUGUCUUUGACCUGAUUUAA